AUGGAGAAUCGAGCCAAGGAGGUCAUCUCCCCUCUUGUGAUUUUUAGGGAUUCUGGUAAUUCUUGUGACCUGAAAUUUCCUUUUCUUGAAUUCAAUGACUUCUAUAUGCUUAUUGAGCUCCGAGGUAAUUCUGAGCUUACAAUGGAUGGACACAUUCAGUCCGGUAUUUCAUUUGAGGACUUUGGGCGCCUUAUGCAAGUUCCUGAUGAUGAACGGAUCCCUCCCGAACCCAAGCCGUAUAUCCCUGGUGAACAUCUACUGAAGUGGCUUAGUGAUAAAAGAAAACGCGAGCAGUUUGUCAUCCGCGGUACCUCUUUCACUGAGGUUUUCUGGAACAAUGUCUUUAGAAAGAAUACGGGGCCUGAGCUUAUAGAUCGCCGUCAGCAUUGGACUGACGAUUUUGUCCAGUGGUCUUCCCGUGGGACUUACUUGACCACAGUCCACGCGGAGGGUGCUGCUGUGUGGGGUGGUGCCACCUCUUUUAGACGAAUGAUAGAUUAUGCUCAUCCACAGGUCAAACUGAUUGAUUUCUCUCCUGGAGAAAAAUAUCUGGUCACAUACAGUACUGAUGAGCCCAAUAACACACGCCAUACACAAAGGGUUGUGCUGAAAAUCUUUGACGUAAGGACAGCCAAAGUGAUGCGUGAAUUCGAAGGAAAUGUGGACGAAUUUACUAUUGGUGGCAGUGAACGUGUUUCUGGUGUCUCCUGGCCUGUGUUCAGGUGGGGUGGUGGCGACAAAUUUUUUGCCAGUAUCAGUAAGAACUUGAUAUCAGUUUAUGAUACAGAGACUUUCUCUCUUAUCGAUGAGAAGUCUCUUAGAGUGGAAUGUGUGGCGGACUUUAGCUGGUCACCCACUGAUUUUAUUAUCUCCCUGUUUGUUCCAGAACUUAGGGGAGAAGCUCAGCCUGCUAGGAUACGCCUUGUUCAGUUUCCAAGCAAGGAAACAAUCAGAGAGAGGAGCCUUUUUUGUGUCAGUGACUGCCAAAUGUUUUGGCAGAGCAAGGGUGCUUACUUGGCUGUUAAGGUUGAUCACUACACGAAGGGAAAGAAGAGCACAUAUAUGCGUCUUCAGCUGUUUAGAAUUAAGGAAAGAGACAUCCCAGUCGAGGUUCUUAACUUCGGCCACAUAGUUGCUGACUUUGCUUGGGAGCCGAAAGGCCACAGAUUUGUUGUAGUUCUACAGGGGGAUAGCCUUCUUCCAGAUGUCGUUGUUUACUCAAUGCUGAGUGUUGACAGAACUGCCUGUAUUAGCAAGCUUGUGACGUUGGAAUCCAGACAGGUCAGCGGAAUCUAUUGGGCCCCGAAAGGGCGAUAUAUGUUGCUGGCAGGCCUUCAGGGUUUCAACGGCCAGUUGGAGUUCUUUGACAGUAAGGAGCUCAGAACUUUGCAAACUGCGGAGCAUUUGAUGGCCAACUCUGUUCAGUGGGAUUUUACUGGAAGAUAUGUGGCGACUGCUUCCACUACUUCCGCUCAUAUCUGGUCUCUCAUGGGGGUACUGUUGUACAGGAUCCCUACAGAUCACUUGUAUCAGUUCCUUUGGCGUCCAACCCCAUCGUGGUUGACACCUGAGAAGAAGGAGGCAGUAUGAGGUUGAAGAGGAGGAAGAAUUGUUGUGUAUAAUUUUGAUCAGACAAUCAAUUGUAUUCAA